AUGCAGCCGCCUCACCUCUUCCUCUUUCUCCCUCUCCUCCUCCCUGGGAUGUGGGCAGACCCAGAGGAGCUGCAGGUUCUCCAGCUGCUCCUGACCAGCAUCUUUGCCAACGUUAGCUCUGCCAAGGUGUCCGGAGCGACUUUCUUGGGGGAUGUGCCCAUCUUUGUGCUGGAUCCUGUCGACUGGAGCAUCCAAUUCUACCGGCCAUGGACCCGCCAGGCUGUAGCCGAGGGUGAUAUGGGAAAGCUCUAUUCCCACUCCAAACUCUUUCUACGCAAUUUGGUCCGAUACGUGCAUGAAACAGCCCAGCAGGUGCAACAGGACUACCCAUUCGUGAUCCAGAUGCGUGGAGGCUGUGUGCUGCACCCCAACAGGACAAGCUGGGGCUUUUUGGAUGUUGGGGAGGGCGGCAGAGACUUCAUAGUUUACGACAUGGAAAGGCAGCGCUGGGAGUCCCAGCAGACAUCCCGGCUAGCGGACCUAGUCAGCAAGUCCCUCACCAGCAAGAAGGCCGUCAUGGGGCUCCUGGACCACAUCUUAUCCAUCUCCUGCCAGAGCCACAUCCUCACCCUGUGGAAGUACGGGAGAGCUGAUCUGGAGAGACAAG